AUGAUUAAAUCAGCAAUUAUUUUUGAGAAAAGAAAGCUGCCAUACGAUCCGUUUUACCUAGGCCAAUUGGAUCCGAUGCUGAUGUACAGUGUAUCGCAAACGGCGCACGGCACUUACAUGUGCAAUACCUGUUGUAAAGAGUACACUUGGAAGAAGUCGCUGCUGCGCCAUUUGCGCGAAGCCGAGUGCGGAAAGAACUUCAAGUACAGCUGUCAGCUGUGCAACAAGCAGUACAAGCGACGCGAUGUUCUCAAUCAGCAUAUGGCGUCGGCUCACUCGCGAGUUGAUGGAAAUGUCUGUUACCACGAAUCGUUGAUAGCGACGGAAGACAACCGCAAGUACGUCUGCGUUUGCGGCCGCAAGUACAAGUGGAAAGAGUCUUUCCGUUUGCAUCAACGUGUGGAGUGCGGACAGCCUAGACGUCACGUUUGCCUGUGUGGCAAGAAAUUUAAGCACAAGCACCAUUUGACGAAUCACAUGUCGUCCCAGCAGCAGCAGCAGCAGCAGCAGCAGCCGCGCGUCAUCCACAAGUGCGACGCGUGCGGAAAAUGUUACCAGCUGGCCACGUCUUUGAAGCGACACGUGCGCUUAGAGUGCGGCUUAGAACCACGGCAGGGCUGCAACUACUGCGGCAAACGAUUUACCCACAGGUUCAAGCUUACCCACCACAUGUACUCGUGUUGGCGUAAACGCGAAUUCGACGAGGCUGCCAAGCGCCGGGGUGGCUGACCAAUUGAACGACCGACGCGGCUGAAGUAGUAGACAGCAAAUAUAAAUACUUAUGUGGUAGUUGCGCAGGGGCUAACAAUUCCUUUCGUGUCCGACUUUAAGUAUUUCUCGAAUGC